GGGGCAGCGGGCUGUGCUGAUAGCAGCAGGGAUUAGCCAAGAUGCCGAACGUGCUGGUGCUGGCGCUACCCCUCCUGGUGAGCCUGGUCCACGCAGCCCCUGCUUCAGGCCCGACCCUGGAGCGAGCGGGCAUCGUGGGCGGAAAGGAGGCCCCUGCCAGCAGGUGGCCCUGGCAGGUGAGCCUGAGAACCAACAUUCAGUACUGGAUGCACUUCUGUGGGGGUUCCCUCAUCCACCCCCAGUGGGUGCUGACGGCAGCGCACUGCGUGGGGCCGGUCGUGGUGGACCCCGCGGUGAUCCGGGUGCAGCUGCGGGAGCAGCACCUGUACUACCGGGACGACCUGCUGUCCGUGAGCCGGAUCGUCGUGCACCCGCGCUACUACAGCACCGAGAACGGGGCGGACAUCGCCCUGCUGGAGCUGGAGGACCCGGUGAACGUCUCCGACCACGUGCGGCCGAUCGCCCUGCCGCCGGCCUCAGAGACCUUCCCCGUGGGGACGCCGUGCUGGGUGACGGGCUGGGGUGACGUCCAUAGUGGAAGACCCCUCCCGCCACCCUUCCCCCUGAAGCAGGUGAAGGUCCCCAUCGUGGAGAACAGCAUGUGUGACGCGCAGUACCACCUUGGCCUCAUCACGGGGGACAGCGUGCAGAUAGUCCGUGAGGACAUGCUGUGUGCUGGAAACAACAUGAAGGAUUCCUGCCAGGGCGACUCUGGAGGACCCCUGGUCUGCAAGGUGAGGGGCACCUGGCUGCAGGCGGGCGUGGUCAGCUGGGGCGACGGCUGCGCUCAGGACAACCGGCCAGGCAUCUACACCCGGGUCACUCACUACCUGGAUUGGAUCCGCCAGUAUGUCCCGGAAGAGCCCUGAGCCAUGCCCCCGGAGCUGUCAGCCCUCAGCGGCCCCCCCACGCCUCUGCUUCCUCCCACCCUGCCGCGGCCCCGCCCCAGGGGCAGGCUGUGGCACUAAUAUUCAUUAAAGUGCAUGGAGAGCAGA